CGCCGGUGCAUGCGGCGCGGGCGCAGGCCCAGGCCCGAUGGCGGCCACGGCCGCCAUGUCCCUGAGUAAUUACAGCAGCCUGAACCGGGCCCAGCUUACCUUCGAAUACCUGCACACCAACUCAACUACCCAUGAGUUUUUGUUUGGUGCCCUUGCUGAACUUGUAGAUAAUGCCAGAGAUGCAGAUGCCACGAGAAUAGACAUUUAUACUGAGCAACGAGAGGACCUGCGAGGUGGAUUCAUGCUAUGUUUUUUGGAUGAUGGAACAGGAAUGGAUUCAAAUGAAGCUGCCAGUGUUAUCCAGUUUGGUAAAUCAGCCAAGCGAUCACCUGAGUCAACUCAAAUUGGGCAGUAUGGAAACGGCUUGAAAUCGGGUUCCAUGCGGAUUGGGAAGGAUUUUAUCCUGUUCACAAAGAAAGAUAACACCAUGACUUGCCUCCUCUUAUCACGGACAUUCCAUGAGGAAGAAGGCAUCGACGAGGUCAUCGUUCCCCUACCCACCUGGAACGCACGGAGCCGUGAACCCCUGACGGACAACAUGGAGAAAUUUGCUAUUGAGACGGAGCUCAUCUACAAGUAUUCCCCUUUCAAAUCAGAAUGGGAAGUGAUGGACCAGUUCAAUAAGAUACGUGGUGACAAAGGCACUCUGGUGAUCAUCUUUAACCUCAAACUAAUGGAUAAUGGAGAGCCAGAGCUGGAUGUGACUUCUGACCCUCAAGAUAUUCAGAUGGCAGAAACACCCCCAGAGGGAACCAAGCCGGAGCGCCGUUCCUUCCGUGCCUAUGCUGCUGUGCUUUAUAUUGAUCCCAGGAUGAGGAUCUUCAUCAAUGGACACAAAGUACAAACCAAACGACUCUCAUGCUGCCUCUACAAGCCAAGGAUGUACAAAUACACUUCAAACCGUUUCAAGACCCGUGCAGAGCAAGAGGUGAAGAAAGCAGAGCACUUGGCAAGGAUAGCGGAAGAGAAGGCUCGCGAGGCGGAGAGCAAAGCCCGUGCCCUCGAGUUACGCCUCGGAGGGGAUCUCACGCGGGAGUCUAGGGUGACAUUGCGUCAGGUCCAGAACUCUGCCAUCACCAUGCGGCGGGAGGCUGACGUCAAGAAAAGGAUUAAGGAUGCAAAGCAGCGGGCACUGAAGGAGCCCAAGGAGCUGAAUUUUAUCUUUGGGGUGAACAUUGAGCAGCGCGAGCUGGACGGCAUGUUCAUUUAUAACUGCAGUCGGCUGAUCAAGAUGUAUGAGAAGGUGGGCCCACAGCUGGAGGGUGGCAUGGCAUGUGGAGGAGUGGUAGGCGUGGUGGAUGUGCCCUAUUUGGUUCUGGAGCCAACCCAUAAUAAACAAGACUUUGCUGAUGCCAAGGAGUAUCGACACUUGCUGAAGGCCAUGGGAGAGCAUUUGGCUCAGUAUUGGAAGGAUGUUGCAAUAGCCCAGAGAGGUAUCAUCAAGUUCUGGGAUGAAUUUGGUUAUUUAUCAGCAAACUGGAACCAGCCUCCGUCUAGUGAACUGCGUUACAAGCGCAGGAGAGCCAUGGAGAUCCCCACCACAAUUCAGUGCGAUGUCUGUCUGAAGUGGCGGACUCUCCCGUUCCAGCUGAGCUCAGUGGAGAGGAACUACCCUGACACCUGGGUGUGCUCCAUGAACCCUGAUCCUGAACAAGACAGAUGUGAGGCUGCAGAGCAGAAGCAGAAGGUACCACUGGGAUCUCUAAAAAAAGACUUGAAAUCAAAUGAGGAAAAGCAGAAACAACUGACAGAGAAAAUCCGCCAGCAGCAGAAAAAGCUGGAAGCUCUGCAGAAAACCACUCCAAUUCUAUCUCAGGCUGACUUAAAGAAACUACCUCUGGAAGUGACUACACGGCCUUCAAGGGAGCCCACCCGAUCUCAGCGCCCACGAUCUCCUCCUUUGCCUGAUGUAAUCAAGAAUGCUCCCAGCAGGCCACCAGGAUCUUCACCUCCUCACAAGUCCUGCACUCAGCUGAAAAAAAGUUCUUCAGAUCAUCCAAAUACCAGCUCCCUCAGGCUAGCAAGCAUGCUCUUCAAGGAGGAGGCCAGCACUUCCAGGACAAACCAUCACACUGUGACAGCUGGGAAGUCUAACAGCACUUUAAAAACUCUUGCCAAGUCAGGUACAAGCCUGAAGUCGCUCUCUGGCCAACAGAGUCCCAAAAGCUCACGUGAGACACCCAAUCCAAAAGCAGCCAAGGUGCCAGCAGUAAGGAAAUCUGCCUCUGGCAAAUGUUUACAGGCUUCCAGCACUCGAAAGAGGGCCUCGAACAUCCCAGAGGAUGGGUCUGAGGAGGAGGGUGAGCCCAAAAAGGAGAGGACAAAACGAGGAAAAUUUUUGGCAGUGAAAGAAGAGAAGGAUUCCAAUGAGGUGGUGGUGGAGCUCACAGACAGUGCUGGAGAGGAAGAGUUGUUGGAACUGAAGAAAGCACAGAAAGAUAAAGGGCUGCACGUGGAAGUGCGUGUGAACAAGGAAUGGUUCACAGGCCGUGUCACAGCUGUGGAAAGGGUCAGGCAUGCAAUCCGGUGGAAGGUGAAGUUUGAUUAUGUCCCUACGGACACCACACCAAGGGAUCGCUGGGUAGAGAAGGGCAGUGAGGAUGUAAGGCUUAUGAAGCCUCCCUCUCCUGAGUACCAGGCUCCAGACACACAGCAGCAAGAGGAUGCCGUCAUGGCCGAACCUUCUACCUCGGAUUGCAUCAGAAUCGAGCCUGACACCACUGGUCCCAGCAGCAGCCAAGAAACAGUUGACUUACUAGUCCAGAUCCUUAGGAAUUGUUUGCGAUACUUCUUGCCUCCAAAUUUUCCAAUCUCCAAGAAUGAGCUGAGUUCCAUGAGCUCAGAAGGGUUGUUGGCAUUUCCCUUGAAAGAAUAUUUUAAGCAGUAUGAGGUGGGUCUGCAGAACCUGUGCAAUUCAUAUCAGACACGUGCCGAUGCCCGGGCCAAAGCCUCUGAGGAAAACCUCCGGAACUUAGAAAGGAAGCUGAGGGAAACAGAGGAGAAACUGCAGAAGUUGAGGACUAAUAUCAUGGCCCUUCUGCAAAAAGUGCAGGAGGACAUUGAUAUUAAUACAGAUGAUGAACUGGAUGCAUAUAUUGAGGACUUGAUCAUGAAAGGUGACUGAACAGCUCCAGCACAAGUCGUGGAGAACUGCAGAAGAGCUGGCUGCUGCAGAGGGAGAUGUGGAUCUCUGUGCAGGUGGACUGAGGCAGCUGAUGAGGAGAGAGUUUUUUAGACAGCGCUCAUGUUGGUGUACAACUUGUUCCUGUGACUGUACAUGAGAAGCAUUUGUGCUGUUGGCAGGAAAAUUUUUAACUUUGUAGUUCUCUGAAUCUCUUCCUUUUGUUUAUAAAUAUUUAUUUUUAAAAGAAAUGGGAACUGUGCCUGUUAAAAUGGCUGGUUUUAGUGAUGUAGAAGUGUGAGUAUCGCUUUUGCAACUCAAGUAUAUUCAUAUGCUAAACCUGGGAGCUCGGAGCACCCUGCUUAGCUUACUGGUUCUCCAGCAAGAAGCUGGCAGCAAUUAAAAAAUAAGCCUUGAGUUGUGGCAGAGGGGGUCAGGCUUUUUUUGUGGAAGAUACUGAACUUGAGGUAGAGAAAGCCAAGCCAUGAAUUGGAGCUAUAGAAAGGAGAUGUCCUUGUAUGAGUGUGAGUAGAGGGGAUGGAACAUUGGUGGAACUCGGAAAUUGGCACUGGCACCUGCAGUUAGCUUCCUGAACAGGAGGUUGCUGCAAGUGGGUGAAACUGCCACCGUGGUAAUAGCCAAGAGGCUGAGGUCCUUGUAGAAGAGGAUCACCUCCUGGACUGCUCACAGUCAGAGGAAGAAUGCUGGCGUUUGGGUUCUCUGCUUGCAGUCACUUUAUCACUCACUUCUGCUGCUGUUUCUUUGAGACAUAAGUACAGCAUCAGAACAACUCCUCAUCCACCUGACAAUAAAGUGACCCCUGUUCUAUUUUCACCCC